AUGAACCGGGACAGAGCGGUGCCGGGGCCCGGAGCGGACGGGGUCCAGACCGUGAUAAGCCGGGACAGAGCCGUAGCAGGCCCCGUUGCGGACGCGGUCCAGCCCGUGAUGAGUCGGGACAGAGCGGUACCGGCGCCCGGCGGGGACGGGGUCCAGACCGUGGUGGGCCCGGACAGCGGAGACAUGCUGGACGGAGGUGCUCCAGGGGAGAAGCGGCUCUUCUCCAACGCGGUGUCCGGAGGCAGAGAUGCUCAGGCCGUGGAGAACCACUCGGAACCCCCGCCGACGAACCCGGUGUUAGCCCCGCCACAGCAGGGCCCUACCGGGCACCGGACCACCUCUUUCUCCGUACUGGACAUCCUGGACCCAAACAAGUUCACGAGCAGCCGGCGACUCCAGCAGCAGCAGCAGCAGCACGCGAGCCACCGAGGUGAGCGCGAGCUGAGCGCAUAUGGAGCAGAGAACCGGAGAGGAAGCACGGGGGAGCGCGAGCCCAGCCUGGAGCCCAGCAAAGGCUGCUACGGUGCGGAGGAAUACCAGAGCAAGGAAGGCUUUGUAUACAGAAGCCAGGAUGAGGAUGACUACCACAGAUCUGGGACCCCAGAUUCAGAGGCUCCAGACGGGCCCUAUAGCAGUGAGGAGAGCAGCUCAGCUCUACCUAGCAAUGGGGACAGAGAUCUGGGUCAACACAGCCACCAGGACCCUGGCAGAGACACCAAGAGCCCUGUAGGAGGCACUCCAGACCAGAUCACCAAUGUCCCGACCAACGGGGGCCAGGGCCCACAGGGCAAACCCAAGAGGAAGCGCUCUGGCUCGGACUCCAAGUCGGGGAAGCCCCGUAGAGCCCGGACUGCCUUCACCUACGAGCAGCUGGUGGCGCUGGAGAACAAAUUCAAGUCCACACGUUACCUGUCAGUGUGUGAGCGGCUCAACCUGGCCCUGUCGCUCUCCCUCACUGAGACCCAGGUCAAGAUCUGGUUCCAAAACCGCCGGACCAAGUGGAAGAAACAGAACCCAGGAGCCGACACCUCCGCCCCCACCGGCACAGGAGGAACAGGAGGUGCAGGAGGAGCAGGGGGAGGAGGAGGCCUGGGGAGCCUCAGCCCUCUCAGCCCAUCCCCUCCGAUCAGCGGGCACCUGGCCAUGCACGCUGGCUAUGCCAGCCACCAUCACCCCCCCACCGGCAGCCUGGUCCAGCUGCCUUUCCUCACCGCCAGCCACGUCCUGUCCCCCUUCAUGCUGGGGACGCAGAGCUACGCUGCACCCGCCUUCUACAGCACACACCUGUAG